UCCCCCCUUGUGGAGAGAGAGAUAGAGAGAGAGAGAGAAAGAGAGAGAGAUGGAUAGAUAGAUAGAGAACAAACUAGGUGCAAGUAAAGAGAGACUGGCGGACAGACAGAGCUCAGCCAUGGUGCACUCAAAUGUUUGGUUACAGGAUAUCAGGAUGUCAAAGCCAGUAGAGAUUGAGAAGCAAGGAGCCGACUCUCCGAUGGAGAGCACAGACUCAGAAAGAAACGGCCCAGACACCAACCAUCAGGUUCAGCCAAUGAAAAUCAGUCCCUUCUCCCUCUCACCCACUCUGAACAGCACCAAGGGCAAACUCGAGGAGUGCGGUCAGAUGUCCCCCAGCCCCGCACCGGCCCCCUCACAGGCGGCCCUGCCCCACACGCAGCUCAUGCUUACUGGCAGUCAGCUGGCGGGGCUCACUGCCCUCCUGCCAGCGCAGCAGCAGCUCUUACUGCAGCAGGCGCAGGCUCAGCUUCUGGCAGCUGCCGUGCAGCAGUCCAGCGCCGCUCACGCCGCCCAUGCAGCCAAUCAGCAGCAGCAGCAGCAGCAACAGCAGCAGCAGAGUCAACAGACAGCACAGUCGCAGUCACACAGCACACAGGAGCAGCAGGCAGGGACCCCAGCUCCGCCCCCUCCGCCGCAGCUUACCCUCUCUCAGCCAAUCCAGCUCACUGCCCAGGAUAUCCAGCACCUGCUGCAGCUGCAGCAAUUAGUCCUGGUGCCUGGACACCACCUACAGUCACCUGCGCAGUUCCUUCUGCCCCAAACACAGCAAGGGCAACAAGGUCUGCUAUCGACACCAAAUUUAAUUCCGCUACCUCAGCAAAACCAAGGGAGCCUCCUGUCGGCUCCAUCCAGACUGGGGCUUCAAGCACAGGUGGGUCACCGUGUCUCGCUUGGGGAUGCCUGUCGUCCCUCUGCUAGCCGUGUACCUGGGCACUAUGGUAACCGUACCUCCCCACCACAGAGAGACAAGGGCAUGGACGGCGGCGUGAGCUCGGCAAACUCCGUGGGCUCCCACCCCGAGGAGCCCAGUGACCUGGAGGAGCUGGAGCAGUUUGCACGCACCUUCAAGCAGAGGAGAAUCAAGCUGGGCUUCACACAGGGCGACGUGGGGCUGGCCAUGGGCAAACUGUAUGGCAAUGACUUCAGCCAGACGACCAUCUCUCGCUUCGAGGCGCUCAACCUGAGCUUCAAGAACAUGUGCAAGCUGAAGCCGCUGCUGGAGAAGUGGCUCAACGAUGCCGAGACCAUGUCCAUCGACAGUACGUUGCCCAGCCCCAGCUCUCUCUCCUCCCCGUCGCUGGGCUUUGAGGGACUCCCUGGCCGCCGCAGGAAGAAGCGCACCAGCAUUGAGACCAAUGUCCGCGUGGCCUUAGAACGCAGCUUCAUUGCGAACCAGAAGCCUACCUCAGAGGAAAUCCUGCUGAUCGCGGAGCAGUUGAAUAUGGAGAAGGAGGUGAUCCGGGUCUGGUUCUGCAACCGACGCCAGAAAGAGAAACGCAUCAACCCUACCAGCGCCACCCCUCCCUUGCCCAGCCAGCCCCCCCCUCCGACGCACAAACCCCCCUGCUACAGCCCGCACAUGAUGUCCAGUCCGGGGCUGUCCCAGGCUGUCACCAGCCUCAGCACUACAGCUCCCUCCAUAGUGACCACGAUGUCUUCAGUCUGCCCUCUGACCCCAAGCGGCACUGCAACCAUGAGCUCCGCCCCUUCUCCAGUGACCCCGCCUCCUCGCAGCACAGCCAGCCCCGCUCCUCCCAGCCACAGCACACUGAGCCUCAACACAGGCUUGUGGCGUAUGGGUAAAAAGAACGGUGACGUGUCUCACUGCAUCACCGAUUUCGCUGCAAACUUGAGGAACACAAUGAUGGGAGUUAACACAGGGAUGAACCAAGCGCUCAUCAGCAACAACCCCCUGGCUACCAUUCAAGCUCUGGCAGUCAGUGGUGGCCAGCUGCCCAUUUCCAGUCUUGAAGGGGGCAGUAAGGUGUUGCUGGGUGGAGCUGGGGGCACAGGUGGGGGCCUGCCAUCCUCCCUCUUCCUGAACCACUCUGCCCUGCUGCCCAUGGGGCCGGGUGCCGGCGUGGGAUUGGUCAGUGCUGCUGUAGCCAAGGCGACAAAACACACAUCGUUCCCCGCCGCCAGCAGCAUGAGCCCCACCUCCUGCUCCCCCUCUUCCUGCUCGAGCUGUGCUUCUUCCUGCUCCUCCAGUGAGGUGGCACACAGCCCAUCCGCUCUGGGAGGAGCCAAGACUGAGUGACGCAGCCCGUGGGCCAAUCACAAGGGAGGAGGAGAAGGAAGAGGAGGAAGUACAAAACCUCGCCUUUCAACCAAAGCUAUCUUUCUCUCUCCCUCCAUUUCUUGCUUUCACUCUCUCUCUCAGUCUUUCAAAGCCAAAAAUACACAGAAUGAAAGAGAGGAGAGAGAAGGAGAGAAAGAGGUGGAGGAGGAAAAGGGGAAAGGGGGAGAUUUAAACCAAAAAAUUAUCUAUCUAAGCAGAUGGAGAGGAGGCAUUGUGGGACUUUUUUGUCAACGAAUGAAUACGCGCGUUGUCUCUUUACUCUGAAAAAAAAAUGAACGGGAGCGGACGAGAGGACGGAGACACGUGACGAUUCUUGUGAACCAAAAAUGACAAAAAACUUUACUGUGUGUUAGGAUGGCGGCAAGAACAAAGAGGUGAGAGAAAGACUUUUACUGAAAAGAUGCAGGGGAAAGAAGGAAAAGGAUUUUAAACCAAAAAAAAAAUAAAAUAAGGAGGAAGGAAGAACACACAAUGACAAAAAAUGACAACCAUGCCAAAAUCCCAAAUACCAAAAACCGAAACCAAAAAUACGGAGAGAAAAGCUUUACCCAAAGGACCUGUAAAUACUGAACCGUCCAGGAUCAGAAUGCCGUUAUACAGCACCACACAGCUACACUCAUGCCUGAACAGCACGACAAAGUCAUCCUUUUUAUAUACCCUGUGUUCCUCUGUUAAUAUAUUUACAUUUUUAUUUUUUCAUCUGUGUUGAGUAUUUGAUUUUUUAUAAAUGAUUUAUAUGAAUCUCA